AUGUUGCUGAUGCAAGAGGACCAAAUGGCAAUAAUAAACCACCAGCAGCUGGUGGCCCAAGGGCAGUUCACAAUAGUCAAGCAGCCGUUGGGGUUUAUAAAGGUUCUACAAUGGAUAUUUGCAAUCUUUGCCUUCUCGACAUGUGGCAGUUACUCGGGCAUGUUUAAGAUGAGUGUGGAGUGUGAAAACCGGUCGGAGAGUGACCUGGGCAUCGAGGUGGAAUUCGAAUAUCCAUUCAGACUUCAUCAGGUGUACUUUGAUGCCCCCACUUGUAAAGGUGGGAAUCCCGAGCGUGUGUUCCUGGUUGGCGACUACUCAUCUUCAGCUGAGUUCUUUGUCACCAUCGGUGUCUUCUCCUUCCUCUACUCCAUGGCAGCCCUCUCUGUGUAUUGUUUUAUGCUGGAGAAGUAUCGUGAAAACAACAAGGGGCCCCAGAUUGAUUUUGUUGUGUCGGCGGUGUUCACCUUCAUGUGGCUGGUAUCGUCAUGCGCGUGGGCCAAGGGCCUGUCGGACGUGAAAACCGCCACUGAUCCGGACCGGGUCAUCAAGUUCAUCACUGCCUGUGUCGAACAGGGGAACCACUGCCGUGAGGUCUACGACCCCAAGGUCUCCGGCCUCAACACCUCUGUGGCUUUUGGCUUCAUUAACCUGAUCCUGUGGGGAGGAAACCUGUGGUUCGUGUUCAAGGAGACCGGCUGGCUGGCCGCCUUCUCCGGCACAUACGUCCCAUCUCAGGAGAAGCAGCCUGCGCCUGAUUCCUUUGGCCAGGGUGGUUAUGGCCAGGAGGGCUAUGGCCAGCAGGACCCCUACGCCGGCUCCCAGGGAGGCUACCAGCCUGAGUACGGCCAGCAGGGAGGCUACAACGAAGGUGGAGAUUACAGCCAAGGUUACGAACAGCAGCCCACCUCCUACUCCAACCAGAUGUGAGCCUGUUCAGUCAAAUCCAAUGGGUGACCUUUGUGAUUCUGGAGUGUGGCUCGUGACCACCAACUGUACUUCCACACUCCUCAAUUUGUCUGUUCGUGUUUCUGUGCAUUGACAAGAGAAGGG